AUGAAUGCCCUCGCAGCCCUCGCUCUGCUCUGCUCUUUGGCAGCGGCGGUGCCUCAGGGUCUCCCAACUCAAUACGAUGGCGCUUGCGACCUGGCUACCAAGAGCUGCUUCUACACAGCACCUGGCCAGAAGGGAAAUUGCAUCUGCGAGACUGAUUGCACGUCCCAAAGGUCUCCUUGCUUUUACGACGUCAGCGGGUUUUGCCAGUGUACAUAG